GCUCAAUGGCCAGUGAAUCUAUUGUGUCAGAAACGGAAGUGAACCAAGUUGUCCCUCUUGUGGAAAGACGAAAACAGUGUCUCUUGUGCCCCUUACCGAGGGAAUUUCUGCGCGUCUUACCUUAUCACGGAGGUGUAUUCACUGAAGGGACUGCACGCAGAGAAGAUCGGUUUCUGGAACUUGCUAUCGUUGAGGCUCGUCUAAACAGAAAAUACAGUUUUACUCCACUGAAUUCGUACUGCCGAAUUCGUUUGGGCGAUUCACGGUAUGAGACUCAAACCGCCACGGGUUCCUCCAAACAUCCUCUCUGGAAUGAGGUUUGUCGACUUCCAAUUCGAGGUGGCAUCACUCACUUGUCUGUCGUGGUGAUGAACGAAGGUUUGUUACUGGGAGAUUCGAAAUUAGCUUGGACGACCAUUCCGCUGCCUCAGUCCCUCUUCGAAGGUGCAACUACGGAUAUGUGGUAUGAACUGAGUGGAAAACAAGGCCAAGACAUGGAGGGCGCUAUUCAUCUCACUAUGCGCGUGCGGGUUGCUGUUCAAUUGGUCCCAAAUUACGCCUUGCCGUCCUCAGCUCCAUCCGCUCCCCAGGCUAGAUCAACCAAUGUUCCUACUGAUGCAGUUCCUCCGGCCCCACCUGCAAGUCCGGCUAGACCCAUUACCGCGGAGGACGUGCAAGCCGUGAAAGAGGUUUUCCCUGCAAUCGGUGAAGACACCAUUCGUGAUUUGUUACAGUCAAUGGAUGCGGAUCGUGAUGCCGUUACCAGCGAACUGUUGCGCAUGACCACCGAGUCGUGAUUUGAAUUAUCCAAUGAUUCUUUUUCCCGUCAUCGCUUCCUCCCUCUCCUCUCACCGAGUGUCUUUCUCUUUGUAACCUGUGUGUUCUGCUGUCAUUUCGUCUUCAUCUGAUCUACUCACGUAGUUUGCUCUUUUCGCCACAUCCAUUUUGAGCUCCAUUGCCAUCAGCUGUUGUGUCUAAUAGUACUUCGGGUUCUUCUACCAAUGGCCCA